UUGUUGCCUCUGUGCUGCAGGUGCUUUUCUGCUCUGGGUCAUGUGGCAAAAGCUCGAUUCCUGCAUGAGACCAAUGAGAUUGCAGAUCAGGUGUCCAGGGAAUAUGGUGGAGAAGGAACUGACUUCUAUCAGGUCCGAGCACGAUUGGCCAUGCUGGAAAAGAACUACAAACUGGCAGAGAUGAUCUUCUUGGAACAGAAUGCUGUGGAGGAGGCCAUGGACAUGUACCAGGAGCUACACCGCUGGGAUGAGUGUAUCGCUGUGGCUGAGGCCAAGGGACACCCAGCCCUGGAGAAGCUGCGCAGGGAUUACUAUCAAUGGUUAAUGGACACACAACAAGAGGAGCGAGCAGGUGAACUGCAGGAGAGUCAAGGGGAUGGGCUGGCAGCCAUCAGCCUCUACCUCAAGGCUGGGCUCCCUGCCAAAGCUGCACGGCUGGUGCUGACCCGCGAGGAGCUGCUGGCCAACACGGAGCUGGUAGAACACAUCACCAUGGCCCUCAUCAAGGGGGAGCUCUACGAAAGGGCCGGUGAUCUCUUUGAGAAGAUUCGAAACCCACAGCGGGCCCUUGAGUGCUACUGUAAAGGCAAUGCAUUCAUGAAAGCGGUUGAGCUGGCACGACUGGCUUUCCCAGUGGAGGUUGUGAGGCUGGAGGAGGCCUGGGGGGACUACCUGGUGCAGCAGAAGCAGCUGGAUGCGGCCAUCAACCACUACAUUGAAGCCAGGUGCUCCAUUAAAGCAAUUGAGGCUGCUCUGGGUGCCCGCCAGUGGAAGAAGGCAAUUUAUAUAUUAGAUCUCCAGGACCGAAACACUGCGUCUAAAUACUAUCCUCGUGUGGCCCAGCACUAUGCGUCUCUGCAGGAGUAUGAGAUUGCUGAGGAGCUCUACACCAAAGGAGACCGGACCAAAGAUGCUAUAGACAUGUACACCCAGGCUGGCCGCUGGGAGCAAGCCCACAAGCUGGCAAUGAAAUGCAUGCGGCCAGAGGAUGUGUCCGUGCUGUACAUCACCCAGGCCCAGGAAAUGGAGAAGCAGGGCAAGUACCGAGAGGCUGAAAGGCUGUAUGUGACAGUGGAGGAGCCUGAUCUUGCCAUCACCAUGUUCAAAAAGCACAAGUUGUAUGACGAUAUGAUCCGCCUGGUAGGGAAGCACCACCCAGAUCUACUCAGUGACACACACCUUCAUCUGGGCAAGGAGCUGGAGGCAGAAGGCCGACUGCAGGAGGCUGAGUAUCACUACCUUGAGGCCCAGGAAUGGAAGGCAACUGUGAACAUGUACCGGUCCAGUGGACUCUGGGAGGAGGCCUACCGGGUGGCCAAAGCCCAUGGAGGAGCCAACGCCCACAAACACGUGGCCUAUCUGUGGGCGAAGAGUCUGGGAGGAGAGGCUGCAGUUAGACUGCUUAACAAGCUGGGGCUUCUAGAGGCUGCCAUUGACCACGCUGCUGACAACUGCUCCUUUGAAUUUGCCUUUGAACUCUCUCGGCUAGCCCUCAAGCACAAAACCCCAGAAAUUCAUCUCAGAUAUGCCAUGUACUUGGAAGAUGAGGGCAAAUUUGAAGAGGCUGAAGCAGAAUUCAUCAGAGCUGGUAAACCCAAAGAGGCAGUCCUCAUGUUUGUCCACAACCAGGAUUGGGAGGCAGCUCAGCGUGUGGCUGAGGCCCAUGAUCCUGACAGUGUUGCUGAGGUACUGGUAGGUCAGGCCCGUGGGGCCUUGGAGGAGAAGGACUUUCAGAAGGCAGAAGGGUUGCUGCUUCGGGCCCAGAGACCAGGCCUGGCUCUCAAUUAUUAUAAGGAGGCUGGGCUCUGGAGCGACGCUCUGCGGAUCUGCAAGGACUACGUGCCUGGCCAGCUAGAGGCUCUGCAGGAAGAGUAUGAGCGAGAAGCCACCAAGAAGGGGGGAAGAGGUGUGGAGGGACUUGUAGAGCAAGCACGACAGUGGGAACAGGCUGGAGAGUACAGCCGUGCGGUGGACUGCUACCUCAAAGUUCGAGACCCAGGGAGCGGUGGCCUGAUGGAGAAGUGCUGGAUGAAGGCAGCGGAACUAUCCAUCAAGUUUCUGCCUCCCCAGCGCAGCCUGGAAGUAGUUCGGGCUGUAGGUCCCCAGCUGAUUGGAAUUGGAAAGCACAGUGCGGCUGCGGAACUCUAUCUGAACCUGGACCUCGUCAAAGAAGCGAUCGAUGCUUUCAUUGAGGGUGAAGAAUGGAACAAGGCCAAACGCGUAGCCAAAGAGUUAGACCCGCGGUAUGAAGACUAUGUGGACCAGCACUAUAAGGAGUUCCUGAAGAACCAGGGCAAAGUGGAUUCGCUGGUGGGUGUGGACGUAGUAGCUGCCUUGGACUUGUAUGUGGAGCAGGGUCAGUGGGACAAGUGCAUUGAAACAGCUACCAAGCAGAACUACAAGAUUCUGCACAAGUACGUGGCUCUGUAUGCAACUCAUCUGAUCCGAGAGGGUGGCUAUGACCAGGCUCUGGCCCUCUAUGUGCAGCACGGAGCCCCGGCUAACCCACAGAACUUCAACAUCUACAAAAGGAUCUUCACUGACAUGGUUAGCUCUCCUGGCACCAACAAUGCGGAGGCCUACCAUAGCUGGGCUGAUCUUCGGGAUGUCCUCUUUAACUUGUGUGAAAAUCUGGUGAAGUCCAGCGAAGCAAACUCGGCAGCCCACGAGGAGUUUGAGAUGAUGCUGCUGAUCGCUCAUUACUAUGCAACACGCUCUGCGGCCCAGAGCAUCAAACAGCUGGAAACCAUAGCUGCCAGGCUCUCCGUCUCACUCCUGCGCCACACCCAGCUGUUACCUGCAGACAAGGCCUUUUAUGAAGCAGGUACUGCUGCCAAGGAAGUUGGCUGGGAAAACAUGGCUUUCAUUUUCCUCAACCGAUUUUUGGAUCUGACUGACGCAAUUGAGGAAGGGACUCUGGACGCUCUUGACCACUCAGAUUUCCAGGACACAGACAUCCCCUUUGAGGUGCCACUCCCGGCCAAGCAGCACGUACCGGAGGCCCAGAGAGAAGAGGUUCGAGACUGGGUGCUCACAGUCUCGAUGGAUCAGAGGCUGGAGCAGGUUCUGCCCCGGGAUGAGCGCGGUGUCUAUGAGGCUUCCCUGGUAGCAGCAAGCACUGGGGUUCGAGCCCUGCCCUGCCUCAUUACAGGUUACCCCAUUCUGAGGAACAAAAUUGAAUUUAAGCGACCAGGGAAGGCUGCUAACAAAGACAACUGGAACAAGUUUCUUAUGGCCAUCAAGACCUCCCACAGCCCAGUGUGCCAGGACGUACUCAAAUUCAUCAGCCAGUGGUGUGGGGGGCUCCCCAGCACCAGCUUUUCUUUUCAGUGACUGUACUGCUGAGCAUUUAGCUCUUCCCUCAUUAAAGCUCU